AUGAAUAAUAUUGUCAUUGUAAUUAAAAGGUCUGAUUAUGGAGGUGAGGGCAAGAGGAGACCUCGUGUAAUAUUUGCUUGUGAGAGGAACGGUAACUAUAAGUCUUGCAAGUCUAGUGAGACAACUGAUAUAAGGUCGGAUGCAAAUAGUGAUAUGAAAAAAUGUGCUAGGGACAUUGGUACCAAGAAAUGUGGAUGCCCAUUCUUGUUAAAAGGUGUCAAUAUUGGUGAUGGGGAUGAUUGGAAGUUGGAGGUGGUUUGUGGAGUACACAACCAUCCUAUUUCAGAGUAUCUUCAAGGUCAUUCAUUUGUAGGGCGACUUACUGAAGAGGAGAAUGCCUUGUCUUUGGGCCCAAAUUGGCACACCCAGUAUGAGGAAGUAAAAGCCCAUCUCGGUUUUUGGCAGCCACCAACACUUCUUUAA